AUGGCACUGCGAACUAGCACGAUCGAGCUCCCUAUCGAGCUGGUGAUUCUCAUCAUCGAUAACAUCGACGACAAGCCCACUCUCCUCAACUGCCUCGUCCUCUCCCACUCCCUCUCGCACUACGCCGAACGGGCGCUCUACACUUCCGUCUCGUUCAUCGUGCGAAGCCCCUUGCAUGGAAGUCGCGGCGCGCUCCCCGGCUUCCGCAUCGCGAUCAAAUCAAAGCCCCACCUCCAGAAAAUAACCACACAUUUCACCGUCAGCAUACAGACCAGCUUCGGAAGAUACACGCCCUUCUACCUCGAUCUAAACGAGAUCCUUCCCAAGCUCACGAAUCUCACGUACCUCAAUAUACAGGCGUCUUCACUUUCACAGAACCGCGGCGUAGAUUUCGCUGCGAUCCACAGGGCUUCGACUGCCUCGAUCUCGUUAAAGACGUUGGUUUGUGAUGAUGUGUCGGUGCCAUGGGAGUUCGUUAUGCGACAAGCGUCGUUGAGGCAUCUGGAGCUUCGUGGGUCGAUGCUUGGCGGAUUCAAGUUCCCUAGCCCAUCGCACCCUAGCCUACAUACCCUACGCUUGCCGUACGAGCACUCAGCGUCGCAGCCCAUGUCAACAACUCGAGACGAUGAUGGAUUCUGUACGCCUACUCAACUUGGAUUAGAGGAGGGAGAGUGGGAGGCAGUACGCGAGACGAUAUCUGAUCGAGGAGCGCCGAAGUUGGGCUCUUGCAUGAUGACACCCAGUAGCAACCCAGUAGCACCCAUGGUCACAGAGCCAACGAUUCUGACCAGCGAGCCAAAAUGCCACGAGCAUGGAUGA